AUGAGCGCAAAUUUACCGAGCUCUGGGCCCUCUGGGGAGCCUGGCAGGACAGGAUCCGUCAAGCGGGCCAGACAGAUGCUCGAUGCCGGCGUGCGUCCAGAACGGGCCUCACCACCCCAGCAGAUGAGAAAUCCGCCUGUCCCCAGGAAUAUCUCUCAUCAAACACAAUGGCCUCUUCCUGAUUCUGGUCUCCCACCGCACCCGAUCAGUCAACGUCUUGGGUAUCUAACCCCCCCUGGUCCUCCGCGUGUCCCUCCACCCCAGAGACCACCUCAUCCGAGUGAAAUCCCUUCGGCGUCCAUUUACUCAGAACAAGAUGGACAAGUCUCAGAGAGGAGUUUGGGCCCGAACCCAAGACCUCCUCGAUCCUUCUCACAACUUCAGCCCCCUCCGCUGGUGCAGUCACGCCAGCCGAUAAAUGAUGCCCCGGCUAGUCCCACCAGCACAAUUGAUAUGACUCCUCGAAUAUCGAUUGCGACAGAUGAUUUGUUCAGACAGUCAGUGGCUUCAUCGACGCCCUCUGUUCCUGAUGUACCUCGCUUUCCGCCUAAUUUCCCGCCGCCCGAGUCCCGUCUUGAUCAGGACGAUCCUAGGCGCCGGAUGGUGGGUCUUGUCGCACCGCCCAAUGCGCGACGGCCUCUCCGACCUGGUCAAUCAUCUGUUUCGCCCAUUCCAGAAGAAUUCGUCGACUCUCGCUUUACAAAAUGCUCUGUCGCGUCGAGCCGAGCCAUCCCCUCGAGUUGGGGAUCCGGUCCCGCUGAAUCCGAGAUUCCAGGGGCAUAUCUUGACAUGGAUUCAGACGAUGAACAACGAUCACCAGGCUUCCAAGAGGACAAUGCCAGUCUUGUCCGAAGUGCCAGUCUUGGAAAGCGAGGAAAGCCAACGAUGCGUACCAUCCUCAAAUCCAACCCUACUUCGGUUAUAGACAUGCCAGCACCCACCCAGGAGGAAGCUGCCAAGGGCACAGCAGUACGAUCUUUCGGGAUGGGAGCUGCUGCAAACCAGAUGCUCCAUCGACCAAGUCAAUUACGAAAAUUGUCUACUUCUACAGCAUCAAAUGAAUCACUGAACAGCGCGGACCCAGAAAAGCCACCUUUUCCCCUGCAGUAUGACUCGCCCUCCGAUGCACGGCUCGAAAAAGAGCUCGAGGCCUUGGGAGACCUUCCCCAAGCUGCACCAACAAUGAGUGACAAAAGGCCUGGCGGUCGCAAGCCUCCUGCUCUAAAUAUGCACGCGUUGCGGGAUGCAGAGGCCCGUGGGAGCCUUUCCAGCCUCACUGAUUUGAUUCGGAGGGCGACGAAGCUCGCGUCGAACCUGGAUCAUGGGAGAACCGCCAGCCGAGCUGAUCUGGCUGGUGGUGGUGAGGCAGAGUUUAGGGCUGGGAUGGGAAACCAACCACGCAACUCCGGCUCUCUAUCUGACAUGCUCGCCUCCUUCCCCCCGCCGGGUUUGGCGACACCCGAAGGCCGCGCAUCAUGGCCUGUUUUCUUUGGACGCUCGAACUUGCGUAAUGCUGAGACGCUCAACUCCAAUGAUGAUGAUCCCAAUGCACCGCGAGGGAGGAAGAUUUGCUGUGGAAUGCCUCGGAAGAUAUUCAUCCUCAUCUGCAUCGCAAUCUUCAUCGUCGUCAUUCUCGCAGUUCUUCUCCCUGUAUUCCUUGUCGCCGUGCCCCGCGAGAGAGCGAACUCGCCCUGUGCUGAAAAAAACCCUUGUGAAAAUGGAGGCGUGAGUGUCUCAGGUGGUGCUGAAUGCUCAUGUGUUUGUUCGAAUGGUUAUACUGGCUCACAGUGCAAUAUUGCGGGUGAUGGUAGCUGCACCACCGCCCUGAUAUCCAACGGAUCAAAUGCGACGAUGGGCAGUGCACUUCCUUCUCUGUUUGAAGAAUCCAAGAAGAAAUUCGAUAUCACCCUCGACCAAGUUACAAUCAUGGCUCUCUUCAGCAUGAAUGACGUCUCCUGCAAGACCGAAAACGCGCUUGUGGCUUUCAGUGACGUUACAAGUGAUAACACAAGCGAGACCCGCCGAUCUGUAGAGUUGAUAGCUGACUCAACCCCAUCUGUCUCAAAAAACGACCCAACAUCUACCCUAGCUGUCCGUUCGGAGGCCACUAUGAAUGGUAUCCUAUACGAUGACUCAGCUUCGGAGCCAAGCAAGUCGGCCACGGCCAUAUUGACACCUACUCAAAUCGAGUCAGCAACGAGCGCCUCCACCACCAAGAUCAGCUUUCAAUCUACCUCCGACGAUGCAAAGGCGUCCACAUCCACUGCAACCACCGUUCCCGGGGACGUUGUUGGGUUUUCUCGGGUUGCAGUGUUGUAUAUUCUACAGAAGACAGGCUCGCUUGACUCGGCUUUGUCCUCAGGGGAGGACAUUCAAGCAUACCUAGUCGAUUCCUAUGCGAAUUCGACUCAUCCGUCGAUGAGUGUGGGGGCCUUUACUGUGGAUUUUGAGAAAUUGACCAUCACACUUCCCAAUAGCACGGUGAAGGCUGAGUGA